GAACAUUGAUUCAUUCCUUUCAUUCCUAUUGGCAAUUGACCCCAUUUUUCAAUGAUGAUGUUGUAGAGGUUAAUGUUGGUAAGGAGAUGCGUUGAGGAUGGGAUUUGGAUUAUUUCCUAAUCAAUUUUAGGAAUUGUGUUAGUAAUUAAAGAUGGCUGAUGUGUGGAAACUGAUAGGGGUCAUCAUUUGUGGGGGUCAUCUUUUCUUCCCUGGAUUAUUAUAGUAAAUUCCUAACUGUUCUCAUAUUUCCAAUCAUGCUUUUAGGCCAGAUUCCAAAGUCCUUAAUGUCAUCUAAAGUACCUCUUUGGUGUCAAGUCUUGCCACUCCCAAAAUGACUUCUUUUCUGGCAGAAGCAAACCAUUUGCAUUGCAGUUCCCUUUAUACACCUGCUUCUUUCACCUCUGUGUUAACUUAAACCUGCUUUUAUUUAUUGCCUGGAACAUUUUCUCACCCUCAUAUCUUCUUGAAUUAACACCUCGUCUAUCUUUCAGUGUUCAGCUCACUCAUAAGCUCCUUCAGGAAGUUCUCUUUAACCCUCACUGCCUUCAUUAGGGGCCUCCCUCAAGCUGUCAAAGUAGCCAGAGCAUACCUCUAGCAGUAGUAUUUGUAAUUGUUUUCUUGUUGCUUGUCCUCAAUUUUUAUUCUGUUCUUAUCUGACCACAUUUUGUACAUUGAAGCAACUUAUGGCAAGAACAAAUCUAAUAGAAUGAUGGUAAAAUAUAAAUAGCGAAUCCAGAAUGGGAAAAAUUAAAAUACCAGUUAAGACCAGCUAGGUUGGGGAUGGGGAAAUAUACAAAUGUUCAGGCUGUAUGGGCCUAUUAGGUGAUAUAGUUGAGCCUUGAUUUGUCUCUAUAGGUGAUUUAGCAGUCAGAGUUAAGGGAAACAGUUAUAAUUGUCAUCAGAGAGGAAGAAACAUUGAUUUCUAAAAGAAAUGUACGUGUAGUUUCACAUAGGUGGUACUAAGAUAUGUGCAAGAUCCUAUGAGAAGUUAGUAAUGGGUUUCACAUGACUUUCUUAACAGUAUUCUUCAACGAAAGCAGAGAGCAUGACUUUAAUAUAGAGCUUAGACUGGGUGCAGUUGCUUACGCCUGUAACCCAGCACUUUCGGAGGCCAGGGAGGGAGGAUUGCUUGAUGCCAGGAGUUCAAGAUCAGCCUGGGCAGCAUAGUGAGACCCUGUCUGUAAAAAAAUUGAUUUAGCCAGGCAUGGUGGCACAUGCCUGAAAUCCCAGCUGCUCAAGAGGCUAAGGCAGGAGGAUUGCUUGAGCCCAGGAGUUUGAGGUUACAGAGAGUAGUGAUCACACCACUGCACUCCAGCCUGGGUGACAGGAGACCCUGUCAAAAAAAAAAGAACAUACAAAAAAGUAGGCUAGAUAUGGUGGCUUACGCCUUUAAUCUCAGUACUUUGGGAGACCAAGGUGGGUGGAUCACUUGAGGCUAGGAGUUUGGGACCAGCCUGGGCAAUGUAGUGAGAUCCCCAUCUCUACAAAAGUAAAACAUUAACGAGGUGUGGCAGCGUGUGCUUGUAGUCCCAGCUACUUGGGAGGCUGAGGUGGGAGCAUUGCUUGAGCCUAGGAGGUCAAGGCUGCAAUAAGCUAUGCUCAUGCCACCGAACUCCAGCCUGGGCUACAGAGCAAGACCCUGUCUCCAUAAUAAUAAUAAUAAUAAUAAUAAUAAUAUGGUGCUUAAUGAAGGCAUUUCUUCAAGGACUUAAGAUAACAUGAUCCAAGUAUAUAGCCUUUAUCAUCCAGCUUAAUUCAAGGAUUUCUACUACCUAGAUAUAGAUGAGCACAUACCCUUCAGAUAAUUUUUCACCUAUCACUUCUCUCAAAUAGCCUUUUUUUUUUUUUUUUUUAAAUCUGAGACGGAGUCUUGCUGUGUCACCCAGGCUGUAGUGCAGUGGUGUGAUCUCAGCUCACUGCAACUUCUACAUUGCAGAUUCAAGCCAUCCUCCUGCCUCAGCCUCCCAAGUAGCUGGGACUACAGGCAUGCACCACCACGCCUGGCUAAUUUUUGUAUUUUUAGUAGAGAUGGGAUUUCGUCAUGAUGGCCAGGCUGGUAACUCCUGAUUUCAAGUGUUACCCAGCCUCAACUAAGCUCUUAAUAGGAGUAGAUAACAGACAGUAUUGAAUUUUCUGGUAAGAGCCUGGGUUUUGUGAGUUGUUUAUUGAAUGGACUUCCCCAUUGAAACCCCUUUUUUUUUUUUUUUAGGUGGAGUUUUGCUCUUGUUGCCCAAGCUGGAGUGCAAUGGCAUGGUUUUGGGUCGCUGCAACCUCCACCUCCCGGGUUCAAGCAGUUCUCCUGCCUCAGCCUCCCAAGUAGCUGGGAUUACAGGUGCCCGCACCACACCCAGUUAAUUUUUUGUAUUUUUAAUAGAGAUGGGUUUUCACCAUGUUGGUCAGGCUGGUCUCAAAUUCCUGACCUCAGGUGAUCCACCUGCCUCGGCCUCCCAAAGUGCUGGGAUUACAGGCAUGAGCUACCGUGCCUCGCCUGAACAACUUUUAAGAAUGAUUCUUUCUUUCCUUUUAUUUCCAUAGUGCCUGCCACAUAGUAUUACUCAGUAAAUAUUUACUGAAUGAAUGGCUGUAUAUAAUUAGAUUCUGAUGUGUUUUGGGAUUGAUGUUUGAAAGGGGUUUUAUGAUAUUGUAUCAACUAUAUGGAAAAUGAUGGAACUUAUUCUAGACCAGGAUUUCUUAAAAGUGGCAAUACUGACAUUUGAGGCCAGAUAAUUCUUUGUUGUGAGGGGCUUUCCUCUGCACUGUAGAAUGAUUAUUAGCAGUGUCUCUGGCCUCUGUCUACCCACUGGAUGCCAGUAGAACCCUCAGUUGUGACAACUAAAAAUGUCUCUAGACAUUGUCAAAGGUCCCCUGGGACAGGCGGCAAAAUUGCUGUUACUUGAGAACCACUGAUUUAGACCAUGGAUCCUCAGGGACAGGAAAGGGAGGGAUUAGAACAGUUUCAGAAUUGCAUUUUCUGUAUUUUUAUGGUUCAGUUAAAUGGUGAAUGUUUAAUUAGGUACUAAGAGAAAUAAAAUUGAAGUGCUGCCAAUUCAAAGUGUAGCAAGGGGCCGGGCGUGGUGGCUCACGCUUGCAAUCACAGCACUUUUGGAGGCUGAGGCGGGUGGAUCACAAGUUCAGGAGUUUGAGACCAGCCGGCCAACAUGGUGAAACCCUGUCUCCACUAAAAAUACAAAGAAUUAGCUGGGUGUAGUGGCGGGUACCUGUAAUCCCAGCUACUCGAGAGGCUGAGGCAGGAGAAUCGCUUGAACUUGGGAGGCGGAGGCUGCAGUGAGCCGAGAUUGUGCCACUGCACUCCAGCCCAGGUGACAGAAUGAGACUCCAUCUCAAAAAAAAAAAAAAAAAAAAAAAAAAAAAGCGUAGCAAGGGAACAGGAUACAGGUGGUAGAAAUUGAGUAAACUUAUUGACUUUUUAAAAUUAAAGACUAUAACUGAAAUGUUGAUCUAAAGAAAAUUAGGUAUGACUAAGCAACUGAAUAAAUAAUAAUACUAAAGUGAUCCCAACUAUUGGAGCUUUUAGAAGACUAUAUUCUACUUGGUUGCUUUUCUAUAAUGUAAGAGGCAUACAUAGAAUAUGAAAUUGUUGCUUUUGGAAAAUAUACUUUUAAGAUUAUCUCAAUGAAGAACUGAUUUCUCCUGUAGCCUGGUUUUACUAAUUUAUAAGCAAAAUGACUAAAGCUCAGGUAUACUAUGAAGUUAAUUCUUUAAUAUUUCCCCUGCUAGGAACUCUGUAUAGCUUCUGCAGACAUGGGGUUUGAUGAUGUGAUAUAAGUAGAUGUUUAUAUUUUACAAUCCAUGAAGGUAGUCUAUACUGUGCUCUUAGAACAGCAGCCAUCUAAUGUCAUUCUUAGUUGACAGGUAAACAGUAUGUUAUGUAUGUAAUGAGGUUCCACAAAGACAAUAGUGUUUUGGAACACUGCAGAGGCAAUAAUUUGCAUAUUACCAUCAUUUUAUAAUUAUGAAUCAGUGACUGUGAUGUGUUUCCAUUACCCCUAUUUUUGAACAGGCGUUCUGUUACAAGUAUUCUAUUCCUUUCUUAGAUAUGGGAUGUUUAGGGGAGAGGGGACACAUUACUUGUUUUCUUAGUUACAAGUCUCCAUGUUGAGAGGAGUUACACUCAAGGAUCUUCAUCCACAUGCACAUCUGGUACAGAUGACAAGAUCCUGGACUUUAAGCCAAUGAUAUAAUGAGACAAAGCUUUUUGGGGAGGGAUGUAAAUUGUUGUGGUCGGAGGGUGGCAAGAGAAACAAGUGACGGUGAAAAAAUUCUGGCCUCAUGAUUUUUCAGUAAUAAUUAAGAGCACCAUAUUACAACUGCAAGGGUGAAGGUAUGUGGGCUGAGGGAAAGGGAUAGUUUUGGAGGGUGCUAUAUUGAAGGCCCAGAAGAAGUAAACAAACUUGGAAAAAAUUUACUCCACAUUGCUAAUGACAGCCUGUACUCUGUUUCUAUAGCUUUACAACAUUGAUUAUACAAGACAAUGCAAAGGAGUUGAAAUUAGAUUUUUUUUUUUUUUUUUUUUGAGACGGAGUCUCAUUUUGUCAUCCAGGCUGGAGUGCAGUGGUGUGAUCAUGGCUCAGUGAAGCCUUGAUCUGGGCUCAAGUGAUCCUCCUGCUUCAGCCUCCUGAGUAGCUGGGACUAUAGGUGCGUGCUACCACCCCUGGACUCAAAAUUCGAUUUCAAAGAUGGCAUAAGCAUAUUGAUAGUGAAAUGAGGAACGUGGUUUAUUACUGUGGGAAAAGCUUGAGUUUAAUGUAAGACAGACUUGGUUUAAAAUUUCUAUUCUGCCACUUACUGAUGUGUGAACUUGGGCAAGCUAUUUAAUACCAGCUGGAUGGUCUCAUAAAUAUUUUUAUUUUUUAUAUAUUGUUUUGGGAGUAUGUCACAAAUGUAUUUUUUAGAAUCCUUCAACUGUCAGUGGCUAGCUCUAAUGUGAAAGGAGGUUAGCCUAGAAUUUUCUCUGAGUGCCCUUCUGAUGUUAAAAGUCUGAAGCCUACUUAGUAAUAAUGAGGUUUCAGCCCUUUUGCCUCUAGAGAGAAUGAGCGACAGAUAAUGACAAAUGAAAAUAGCACUUUAGCUACAUGGGAACAUAAUUUGUGUUCUUACUCCAAAAGCAAUUUAUGAUCAUUUUUAAAAAUUAAGACUUUUUAAGAGCAGUUUUAGGUUCAAAGCAAAAUUGAAACAAAGGUACAGAGAUUUCCCAUAUACCCUCUGCCCCAACACAAGCAUAGUCUUCUCUGUUAUCAACAUCCUCAAUCAAAGUGGUACAAUUUGUUGUAACUGAUGAACUUACCUCAUCAAUUAUUACCCAAAGUCCAAUUACCACCCAAAUUCCUCCUUAUCUUUUCAUGGCCUGAUCUUUUAUUUUGAGACACAGUCUUGCUCUGUCACCCAGGUUGGAGUGCCAUGGUGCCCUCUCAGCUCACUGCAAACUCCGCCUCCCAGGUUCAAGCAAUUCUCCUGCCUCAGCCUCCUGAGUAGCUGGAAUUACAGGCGUGAGCCACCGCGCCCAGCCAGCUCAUUUCUUUUUAGCACUAAAUAAUGUCUAUUGUUUGUAUGUAUCACAGUUUAUUUAUUCAUUUACCUACUGAAGGACAUAUUGGUUGCUUCCAAGUUUGGGCAGUUAUGAAUAAAGCUGCUAUAACAACCAUGUGCAAGUUUUUGUGUAGAUAAGUUUUCAGCUCCUUUGGGUAGAUACCAAGGAGUAUAAUUGCUAAAUCAUAUGGUAAGAGGAUGUUUAGUUUUGUGAGAAACUGCUAAACUCUUCCAAAGUGGCUGUACCAUUUUGCAUUCCUACCAGCAAUGAAUGACAGUUCCUGACCCACAUCCUCACCAGCAUUUGGUUUUGCCAGUGUUCUGGAUUUUGGCCAUUUUAAUAGGUGUGCAGUGGUUGUAUGUGUUUUAGAAUGGAACAGAAAACACAAGAUUGGCUUUGAUAUUUUGCAAGAUAGAAAUUCCAUUCUGAACAACUGACUUACUGUUUAUGCUUGAAUCUUUUUUUGUUUUUUUUUUUUUGGAGACAGAGUCUUGCUCUGUCACCCAGGCUGGAGUGCAGUGGCGUAAUCUCGACUCAUCACAACCUCCGCCUCCCAGGUUCAAGCGAUUCUCAUGCCUCAGCCUCCUGAGUAGCUGGGAUUACAGGCAUGCACCACCAUGCCCAGUUCAUUUUUGUAUUUUUUAGUAGAGAUGGGUUUUGCCAUGUUGGCCAGGCUGGUCGUGAACUCCCGACCUCCGGUUAUCUGCCCGCCUCAGCCUCCCAAAAGUGCUGGAAUUACAGGUAUGAGCCACCAUGCCCGGCCUAUGCUUGACUCUUUUAUUAGUUGGAGCUGUUAAUAUUAAUAACUUCACCAGGUCAGACAGGUUGAGUGGUAAGUUUGCUGAUAGGUUUGAUGGCUGCUUCUGAGACCCAAACCCAAAAUCUAGGUUUAGCUACGUUAAGAAGGCAACCACUACAGAUAAGUGUCCAAUCAUGAGAUCUCUUAAAACAAUGAUGGAGUCCAACCCUGUUAGGAAAAUCCUUUUGCUAGACAGAGAAUCUCAGAUCUCUUUCCUCCUGGUCAUUAUGUCUUGGGCUAAAAGGAGGACAUUUAACAUUUAUUGUAUGCCAAACAGUGCUAGGCCAUUCCGCAUGUUAUCUUAUUUAAUCCUCAUAAUUUAUCUAUGAAAUAUUUUCUGUUGUCCCCAUUUAUAAUUCCAAGUUGUUUUUUUUAACUUUCCCAGACUUUAUAUCUGCUACCUCUCCGCCUAGAAUAGUGUUAUGCCUCCUUUUUGCAUAAUGAAUGCCUACUUAUUCCUCAGAGCUCAUGUCAGAUGGUACUAUUUUAAGGAAGCCUUCCCAGUCCCCUAGGUUUGUUUCCCUAUUAAACUGAUCAAAGGCUUGAUUCCCUGUUACACUUCACUGAUCAAAGUGCACUGAUCUCAAUAGCACAAAUAACAAUGCGAUUACUCAUUUAAUAUCUGUCAUUUCUGCUGAAGUGUAAGCUUCAUGAGCACAGUAACUGUGCCUGUAUCAUUUUUCUAUGUUACUUGUAGUGCCAAUUAUAGUUCCUUGUUCAGUAAGUAAUUAUUAUAUGAUUAUGGCAAAUAAAUUCCAUAAACAGAAGUUGAACGUUGGUCCACUGUAACUUCAAAACCUUCCUUUAAAUUAUACCAUGUGCAGGACCUAAGAAGUCAAGGAAGUAUUUCUUAAUAAAAUUACUCCAGAGGCUCUUCCUGAACUCUAUUUCAGUUCUAGGUUGGCUACCUAACGAUAAAAGUUAAGCAUUAAUUUUAUGUGGUUAGGGUGUGGUCUGAGAUAGAGAACCUAAAGUCUUUAAAGUCUCCCCAGUUCCAAGUAGGUAAUCCUUCUGAGAAGUCCCACCUUUCUGAGCAGCUGUGUUUGAAGAAAGCUAGUGGGAAAAGUUCCAGGAUUACAUGUCAGGAAACUACAAGAGGUAGAAACAUUUGUUGAUUUACCAGUGUUUUUAACUUCCUGCUGGGCUGAAAACUGCUUGUUUCGUGGAAAAGCAAAACUUGAGAGCAAACAUCUAAAAUGAAGAGCUCCCAAACUUUUGAGGAACAAACAGAAUGCAUUGUGAACACUCUACUCAUGGACUUCUUGAGCCCAACAUUGCAGGUUGCCAGCCGGAACCUAUGCUGUGUAGAUGAAGUAGAUUCAGGAGAGCCUUGUUCUUUUGAUGUGGCUAUCAUUGCUGGUCGCCUUCGGAUGUUGGGUGACCAGUUCAACGGAGAAUUGGAAGCUUCUGCCAAAAACGUCAUUGCAGAAACCAUUAAGGGACAGGCAGGAGCUAUACUCCAGAACACUGUGGAAUCUCUCAGCAAGACCUGGUGUGCUCAGGAUUCCAGCUUAGCUUAUGAGAGAGCUUUUCUGGCAGUGUCAGUGAAACUUCUUGAGUACAUGGCUCACAUUGCUCCUGAAGUAGUGGGACAGGUGGCUAUCCCCAUGACGGGUAUGAUCAAUGGGAACCAAGCCAUCCGGGAGUUCAUCCAGGGCCAGGGAGGUUGGGUAAGUUUGUUGGGGCUCCUGGUUUUGCUAGGUAUUUGCACUGUUUUUGUACUAAUACCUGGGAUUCCAAUUCAUGACCCUUUUUGUAAAUUGGAAACCAACAGGAAAACAGGCUUCCCUAUUUUGCUGAAAAUGCCUAGAUUUUCUUGCCAUGGAAAAAUGGAGCAGACAGAAGCUCAGCCUGUGGAUGUUGGACUCGAGUCAUGCUACCUUAAAUAUUGACUGCUGACUACUGUAAAGCUAAACUUCAUUUCCUACACAUAAUCAUCUAUAAAGUAUAUUCAUGGUAGAGUUCUAAUUUCAGCCUGGCUUCACUCUGUUCCUUUGUAAAUUUCUGGGUCUUUUUUUCCUAACUUCUCUAUAUGUGUGUUAGUGAAGUCAGAAUCACCUUAAUAGUAUCUAAGAAAAAACAGUCUUUGCUGUAGUGGUAACUAUAUAAGGUAUUCUAAGCCCAUGUUUUAGUAAUCAUCAGAACUUAUGCUGUCAUAGAGCACUCCUUUCCAUUUACAGGGUCAGUGAAAGCCUUAAUAAGAGCUACAUUUCCUGGAGCUAUCUGCAGAUCAUUUCCUGGUUUCUUAGGAAGUUCCUGAAAGCAAUUCCUUUGACUGUAGGAUUUUCUCUGUCUUUCCUAGGAAAAUCUGGAGAGCUGAAGAGGUGGAGCUAUUCACGAGACUGAACAUCACUUCCUUGUUGACUGAUUGGGUGAUUGAUUCCUGGGAAUUCAAACAAACAAAUAAAAAAACACUUUUUUCAUUUUAUCAGAACUGAACUUAGCUGAAUAAGUUAUUUUUUACUGAUUGUUAAAGUUGGGAGCAGCUGCCAGAGGCCUGCAGAGUUGGUUUUUGUUUUGUUUUGUUUUGUCAACUUAAUGCAAACCACAGAGAUUUUCUACUUUCUGUUUUCACAUGAGUUUUAAUGAGGUUCUGUUGAAGCAAAGACCCCUAGACACAAAGUAAUGACUUGUUAGUAGUGGAAUUAUAAGCAACAGGGCAGGCCUUUGCUGGAGGUAUUUUGAGAGAAAGGGAGAACAAUGGAAACUAUUUCUUCAGAUGUAGCCCUGUCUUUUGGUAAGAAUUGUGCCUACUAAUUUUGCAAUUUAAAGGAUUUCAGGAAGCUUUUUGGCUGAAAAAUCUUGUUGUUGUUUUUUUAGACGGAGUCUCACUCUGUCACCCAGGCUGGAGUGCAGUGGUGCGAUCUCAGCUCACUGCAAGCUCCACCUCCCGGUUUCACUCCAUUCUCCUGCCUCAGCCUCCUGAGUAGCUGGGACUACAGGAGCCCGCCAUCACGCCCGGCUAAUUUUUUGUAUUUUUAAUAGAGAUGAGGUUUCGCCGUGUUAGCCAGGAUGGUCUGGAUCUCCUGACCUCGUGAUUCGCCCGCCUUGGCCUCCCAAAGUGCUGGGAUUACAGGCGUGAGCCACCUUGCCCGGCCUAAAAUCUUGUUAUUUUAAGUUGAGCAUUUUCAUUCAAAAUCAUCCCUAAACUUCAUGUUAAUUUCACCUGAGAAGGACUAUUUUAUGCAUUUUAGAGGUUGGAAGCAAAAAACAAACAAACAAACAAAAACAGUUGUUUCUACUAGGAAGGUCAAAGAAAAUAAAAGUUACUCCAUUUUUACUGCCACAGGAUGCAGGAAGUGCUGGCCCACAUCUAGGACAGCAAGGCCACCCCAGCUUAGAUGAAGCUAACUGCAUAGCACAAAGCUUUAAAAGUGUGGUUCACACACCACUUGUGGACCUUAUUGAAUUGCUGAUUCACAUUCCUAGAGAUUCUGAUUCUGUAGGGGUAGGCUGGAGCCUAGGAACCUACCUUUUAAACUAGUUCCAUAGGUGAUUCUGAUGUACAUAUAGAGUGUGACAGCCAUCACUAUAGAGAAUAGAUUGAUAAAUUACAACCCACACGUCAAUUCUGGCUUGCUGUCUUAUUUUGUAAAUAAAGUUUUAUUGGAAUAGAGCAACAUUCACUUGUUUACAUAUUGUCCAUGGCCGCUUUUGUGCUACAAUGGCAGAGUUGAAUGAUUAUAGAAGACCAUAUGGCUGGUUAAGUCCAAAAUAUUUACUAGCUGGCCCUUUACAGAAAAAGUUGGCUGACCCCUUCUCUAAAUCAACAUUUCUCCUUGGUAACUGAAACUCUAUUACAGUCCUGACAAUUCCAGCAAACACAGCUGUAGAUAGGGUUUAAACUCAAAGAUAUUUAACUCUUCUUUGGGAACUUAGUCUCCAUAUGUUUGUUAGUUCUUGCAUAAUCCACAGUUUCUCUGGGUCUUCAGCCAAUCAGAGAGCUCUGUAGCUCCUGAGUAGUCCAUUUCUCUGGCCCUACAAGUGAGAGUGAUUGGAAGCAAAGCUUAUGAUUUGUAUGAUCUUGUAUCUCAAAAUAGUCCUUAAUGAUCUAAUAGAUUAGUAGGCAGUCAUCAGGUAGAGACUCCAAAAACCAGACUACUUUCCUGAAUAUCAAGAAGAAAGGCAUUGCUGCAGUGAUUCAUGAAAAGCAGCAUUAAUAACUUUGGCUAAAGUUUAACAAAGCUAACCACUUCCCCUCUAUCAGCCAGCCAUCUAUGUAUCUCCUCUAAAUGCAGAGAAGUAAAUAUGUAGUGCUGUUAAUACAUUUUUGCUUUUUAAAGUUAUGCUUUGUCCUGGCGCAGUGGCUCAUGCCUGUAAUCCCAGCACUUUGGGAGGCCAAGGCGGGUGGAUCACCUGAGGUUAGGAGUUUGAGACCAGCCUGGCCAACAUGGUGAAACCCUGUCUCUGCUAAAAAUACAAAAAAUUAGCCAGGCUUGGUGACAUGUGCCUGUAAUGCCAGCUACUCAGGAGGCUGAGGCAGGAGAAUCACUUGAACCUGGGAGGCGGAGGUUGCUGUGAGCUGAGAUCGCGCCAUUGCACUCCAGCCUGGGCUACAAAAGCGAAACUGUCUAAAAAAAAAAAAAGAAAAUAAAUAAAGUUAUGCUUUUUCCUCUAUUCCUAGUUAAAUCACAACAGGUUAGUAAUCCAUAAAUGAUGUGUCCUGUUUCUCUUUAGUAGAAAUUAUAUUUUUGGCUACCAGUUAAGAAACUUGUACUCCUUUGUCCCUUAUGUUACUAUAAACUCUAUAAAAACUAUAAAAAAGAUGAUGAGUUUUGUGGUAUUUGACUUCAUAGGCAAAAUCAAAAUUUUUACUUUGUUGCUAUUCUGUUUUAUGAAAUAAACUUCUGUCUAUGCAUUUGAACUAAGUUUCAGCAAAUUCAAUCUAAAUUGAAUAAUUCCAGCUCCCAGUUUUAUCCUAUGUUGCUCAUAAAACAGUUCCAAGUAUACUGCAUUAUCUUGAGAUUUGAAGAUAUGGUGCCCACGGGGAUUAUACUAGGCAAAUGCGUUAAGCAGCUCUGGCCUAGGUGUUGUGUAUUUUAAGAGACUCUAUCUUAGGAGAGCUUAAGUGAUUGGGCUGCAGGAAGAAGACAUUGUAACCCAGGAAUUAAAAAUGGAUUCAGAUUGCCUGAUUUUAACACUUUAGUUUCACCAUAGGCUAAUUAUGUGACACUGGGCAAGAGACAUAAUUCUUCUGUGCCUUAGUUUCUACAUUUGUAAAAUAGAGAUGAUUUGGUAACGUAUUAAUAAGAUUUUUGUGAGAGAUAAAUAAAACAAAUACACUUUGUAAAGGGUGAGUGCUUGGAAUAUUUUAAACACUGUGCCAUUAGCAAUUUGGAAUUCUGUGUUAUGCAGUUCAUAGGUUCUAGCUUGACUUUUUUCUCUCUCCAUUAACCCUGUCUCUCACAGAUGCAAACCACUCUUAAUGGCUUUACUUUCACAUCAAUGUGAGUGAUUCCUAAAUAUGAUUUAUUUCCCUUCUCCAUUCCAUACCCACAGAUGCUUAUUAUUUAUUUAUGUGUACCUUUCUUAUCCCCAUACUCUCCCUGUUUGCGAUACAACUAGCUCAAAACCUCAGUCAUUUUUACCUUGUCUCUCUCUCUCCAGUCCAACUCACCCAACUAGUUUUUCUCAUUUGUUACUUCAUUUUUGUCCUGGUUCUUCUACCAGAUUUAUUAGCAACUGCCUGGACUAUUAAUAAAGCCUCCUACUUAGGCUUUCGAUAGAUUGUUCUGUUCCUGCUCCAUUCCAGUCUGUCCUAUAUACUGCCAUCAGAUUGAUCAAAGCUGUGGUUUCUUUGUCUUAUUUUGAUUCAUUUUUAGAUAUGGUAUCAUUCAUUUUUAAAUUUAACAUACCAAUGAAGAUUACAAGACUUAAACAUCUUAUCAGAAGGGGGCAUUUAUUUUUUAAAUCAAGAAAUAACUUUCCAAAAGCAUUGCUUUGAAUGCCAUUCUCUUAAAGUCCUUCAGUGGAACUUUUGAGUGUGAUUAGACAUGUUCAUUAUCUUGAUUGUAGUGAUUUUAUGGGUGAUGAUUUCACACCAACUUAUCAAACUGCAUACUUUGAAAUGUGUAGUUUAUUGUACAUCAGCACUACCUUAAUAAGGUUGUUUUUUUUUAAAAAAAAAAAACAAAAACUUUCAGCUGCUCCCUACUGUUCAUCAAAUAACAGUCUGAUAUUCAAAUUCCCCCAGUAUCUGGCCCUAACUGCCCUAUAUAGCCUUAAUCAAUCAUGAUUCUCCUCUACAAUCCCAAUGCUCUAGUAAAACCGAGCCAGUCACUAAAGCUGCCCUCCUCCUACUGUUCUCUAUGUUUCAUAUUGCUUUUUCUGAGGCUCUACCUGUAGACAUCUUCAAGACCCAACCCAACUGUCAUGAAGCCUUCUCCAUGAAGGCUAUCCAUAUAACCAGAAUAAGAAGUGGUCUUUGCCUCCUUGAACUUUUGUUUGUACCACUUUUAUGUUUCUUAUCCAAAAAAUGGCCUUAAGUUGUAAUUAUCUGUAUAGUCAUCUUCCCCACUAGGAUAAAGGAUUGCUGAAUGAUACAAUUUGUUGUAUACUUCUGUAACACCCCUCCUCUUCAUUAUCUGGCAUGUACAUCGAUAUUACAAAUAUUCAUUAAAUGAAUGAAUAGCUGAUUGACUCAGAUGAGACUUCAAGUUUGAUUAUAUUUGAAAAGGAUGCUAAGCUUUAAGAGUCCUGAUGCUCUUUAUUUAAAAAAAAAAAAAUGCUUCAGGUUGGGCUCGGUGGCUCACGCCUGUAAUCUCAGCACUUUUGGGAGGCCAAGGCGGGUGGAUCACCUGAGGUCAGGAGUUCAAGACCAGCUUGGCCAACAUGGUGAAACCCCAUCUGUACUAAUAAUACAAAAAUUAGCUGGGCGUGGUGGCACAUGCCUGUCAUCCCAGCCACUCAGGAGGCUGAUGCAGGAGAAUUGCUUGAACCCAGGAGGCGGAGGUUGCAGUGAGCCGAGAUAGCACCAUUGCACACCAGCCUGGGUGACAACAGCAAAAUUCUGUCUCCAAAAAAAAAAACAAAAAACUUCAAUUGCAAGUUAUUGGUUGACCUUUGCUUCUUGAGGAUUCUGAAACCAAAGGCAGAGUAUGCUUCCCUGUGUAGUGGGAGGUUGACUAUGAAGUCUGCAGCAGGUGAACUGAAGGACUUAGUGAAGUCUCAGAAUGCUGUAGUGACAAGCAGUAGAUUGAAAGAUGGGUAGGGGGACUUUUCCUACCCGGGAUGAUGUGAAAACAUGAGAAAAUCAAACAAGCUUCAUUAAAGGUAUUAUAAGCCUCUUCUGUGUUCAUUUAUAAAACGAAAAACAAGCCUACUCUAGAGAUAAAGGAGGUCAUUUAUUUCUGGCCAUUGCAGUUCUUCAGAGAUGGACUCUGAAGCUCAGUAUUGACACCAUUCCUUUCAUAAUAAUAGCCCUGCUGCUUGGGCAGCAGCAUUCAGGAAAGUACCCUUUGCCAGGUUCCUGUGCCUCCAUGUAGGAAGGCCCAUCUGCUCCUGGCAUAAUGAAAGUGCCUAGCUAGAGACAAGAAGCACAGACUGUGCCAGACAAGAGACUUGGAGUAAUUGAUAUAAUGAGUAACCAAGUGAGAGUAGAUCCCUCACCAAAGCGUAACCACAUUAGCUACUUUAUAACAACAGACUUAUUUUUAGGUAUACUCAAGACCAUGUUAAGCACUGUGGGUUAUACAAACGCAUAGAAUACACUAUCAUUGCCUUUGAUAAAUCUGAAAAUACAGGGGGCAUCUUUUGAAUAAACUCUUAAAUAAACUUAUAGGAGACAAGGAAAUUGAAUAAAUGAAGAAAACUUCUAUAGCUGAAUAUACAGAUUUAUAUUGAAGAGAUUCAGACUAAGGGAAGAUCAUGGCGAAACAGAGUUAGGGGCAAGAUUUUUGAAGAAAAAUUGAGCUUUAUGGUUUUAUUUUCAUUGUGGUGAAACUUAGGAGUAAAGGUGAGAAGUAGAAAAAGAAGUGGUAGUAGAACGAACAAGGUCUGUAGGUGAUGUGCUUGGAUAGGUUGGGUGGGGAUAGUUGACAGGGAGGGGCUUGGUGACAAGCUAUGGAAUCUGGACUUGUUCCCAUAGACCAUCAAUAACUAUUCUGAUUCUUUAGCAUUAAAGUGCAGUUUUAAGAACUUUCAUCCAGCCUUGGUUAACAGGAGAUACUAGAAUGGAAACAUAUAGAUAGGAAGAUACUCUAAGUUUAUUGCUAUAGGAAUCCAGGUGUGAAAGUGGGAAUGGGGCUAAGUGGGAAUGGAAAAGACAGGUUGAAUCUAAAAGACAUUGAGGAGACACUUUGGGAGGCCGAGGCGGGCGGAUCACGAGGUCAGGAGAUCGAGACCAUCCUGGCUAACACGGUGAAACCCCGUCUCUACUAAAAAUACAAAAAAAAUUAGCCGGGCGUGGUAGCGGGCGCCUGUAGUCCCAGCUACUCGGGAGGCUGAGGCAGGAGAAUGGCGUGAACCCGGGAGGCGGAGCUUGCAGUGAGCCGAGAUCGCGCCACUGCAGUCCAGCCUGGGCAACACAGCGAGACUCCGUCUCAAAAAAAAAAAAAAAAAAAAAAAAAAAAAAAAAAAAAAGACAUUGAGGAGAAAUUUCCAAUAGGCCUUGGUGAUCAAAAGAAUGCUUACAAAGGACUGAAUGUUUCACAGACAGUAUAUAUAUCCCAUAUCAAAUCAAUGACCCUGGGAUGUAGGGAAAGGCAAGAGUAGUGAAACUAAAGCUAAGGUUGGGUAAGUAUCUUCUCCAGGGUAAAACAUGUCUCCUCCUCAUCUAAAAGACAGAAGGAUGUUCUGAGAAUCCCGAAUGUUUUUCCUAUUGAAUAGUUUAUCUUACCCUUGUAGUCUUCCCUGAAAUUCUCCUCGAUUAAUGUUUAUUGUAAUCUAAUUCCUGACCUCUGUGAUACUGAUAUUUCCCCUUAAACUAGCAUACUCCCCUCUUCUUGGAACAGGUGACAUGGUGACCAGCACUCUUCUCUGUUGUGUUCUUCCUUCUGACCAAACACUACAGCCACAUGAGGCAGCAGUGAGAUGUGGCCUUGUCACUCCUCUUCAGGUGCUUAUCCACAAUUUACUUCCCACAAUUUACUUGAUGGUUCUGGCAAAAUGUGUGUGAGUCUUUUUUUAUUGCAUGGAAUUGUGUUCACUUAGGUUUUAUGCCAGACUGGUUUAAAUGAUUCAUCAUAAAUUCUGAAACUCUUUUAGGUAUUUGCCAACCUUUACUGCAUGUCUUGUUUCCCCUCCCCAGCUCUUUAUCUUCCCGCAAGAUACAAAUGAGUCAACACAAUCUUCAUCAAAAAGCAUUGUGCUCUGUAGAAGGAAGUGUGAUAAAUUAAGUAGUAGCUUAUUUUUUUUAAAAAAAAAUAACAGCUCCAGCUACUUGGAAGUCUGAAGUGGAAGGAUCACUUGAGCCCAGGAGUUCCAGACUAGUCUGGGUAACAUAGCAAGACCCUGUCUCAAAACAAAACAAACAAACAAACAAAAAAACCCAAAACAAAAAAAAUAAUUAAAGUUUUUUGUUUUCUUCUUCAGUUUGUUUUUUGCUUGCUUGAGUGGUCUGCUCAGGAAAUGGCCUUGUAGCUAAGUGGGUUUUGGGGGUUUGGUUAUUUCACAAUGUCUCUAUACCUUUUGGGUUUACAGUAGAAUAGAUUGGUGCUUGCUUUUUUAAAAAAGUGUGAAGUUCUGCCAAGACACUAUUUACAGAUUCUUAGAUUUUGAGGAAAGGGACUAUGGAGGCAUCUAAGCAAAAUUUUUUUUGUUAUCUCCUAUUUAUUUCUGUCUUCUCCCUCAUUAAGAGGAAACAAGAAAGUUAGUAAGAGAUUGUUCUGAAAUAUAGGCUUGAGAAAAAUAGAUUUAAAUUUUAUUAGGCAGGUUUGCCUCAUCAAUUAAUAAAAAUUAAUAAAGUUCUAGUUUUGUGUAAUUGAGGACAUUCUAAGGGUACAGAGAAAUUAUAAAACUAUAUUAUCUUCUUUGUCCAAACAUAGAAAAUCAUUUUCCUUUUAGGAUUAUGCUUUGCUACUCUGCAAUUAAGCAAGUUAGUUUGGAAUGUUUUUAUUUUUAUUUUCUUUCCCAAAGUUACCUAAGGAGUGUUUUAAUUUUUAUCAGUAAUCAUGUCUAUAUCUUUAGUUCUGAGUUGCUUUAUUAACUGGCUAAGGAUGUUUUUGUUUUGUUUUGUUUUGUUUUUACCAUAUUCUGGCUUUCUCAGUGUUGUAUGCCAAUCUCCUAAGACAAUGUUUAGAAUUUAGUGGGUACUCAAUAAAUUUGUUGAACAACUUAAUGGAUUUUUAAAUGUUUAUUUCUAAUUUUAAAAACGGUAUGAUAAUUUUAGAAAGCAAACUUACACAAUUGAU